AUGGCCAUGAUCGGCCUCGUCAGCUUGUGCCUCAUGCCCCUGCUGCAGGCACAGCAGGCACAGCAUCUGCGCGGUCCCGGCCCAGAGACUGCGAAGGCCUUGGACAGGGCAGCUUGCCAAGUCUCAGAGCAGAUCCGAGGCCUCCGCAACCUCGCUCUCGGCUUCUUGGGCAUGGAAGAUGGAAGCACGGGCGCAGAAGACGAUGCGGUGCAGAGCCUGCUAUCGGCGCUGGAGGCCAACGAGAAGCGCUUCUGUAGUCGGCUCGGUGCAGGUGCUCCUCUCGCGGCUGAGUCCGGUCUCGUAGCAGCCGAAGGGGCUGCGACCUUGGACCUUGCCGGCAUGGCUGAACUAAUGCUCCAGGUGCAGGAAGAAUGUGUCGCCCAGAUCCAUGCACACCAGGCAGUGCUGGAAGCCUCGGCAGCAAGUCUGGCCUCCUGCGCAGUGGCCAGGGAUGCAGCCAAUACCUCCGCUCUGGAAGUGGCUGCUGCGCAAGACAAGGCCUUGCACGGCGCGUGCCGCGAUUCAGAGCAUGAGGCUUUCGUAGAGCAGGGUGCAAAGUACAAAGAGCUCAGCGCGAGCUGGGCAAACUUGUCAACUCCAUCUUGCUCAGCGGAUAUGGCGGCCACGGAUCCCUGGCAGUCGAGGGUGGAGUGCUUCAGCGAGUUGCAAGCCUGGCUCCAGGCUGGCGCCGACAAAAUCGAAAGCCAGUUACAAGCCUGGAUUGGAAGCCUUGGUGUAGAGCACAAUCAAACGAGCUUGUGCCACGGGUUGCAAACACGGUUCGAGGAGAGCUUCUGUCUUUGGACAGAGACCCAAGACGCGACUUGCGAUGUGUACAAGGGGUGCUUCGGGGAUGCUUCGGCGCAUCACCUUGACGUGAUCUCUCCCGAGGCAGAGGCUGCAGAGAGCUCAAGCAAAGCCGACUUUACUGCGGCCGCACACAUACUCUGCAAGUUGAAUGUUCUGAACGCGUCGGACCUUGUGCAGAAACAGGAGGCUCUUCAACGCUGCGAGGAGCAGAUCGUGAGCACUGGCCACUUGAACCUGUCCUACCCGGAACUGGUCACAGAGGAUCCUUGCCUCGUUCCUCAGGUCUAUCCUUGCAUGGCCGAGUGGUCGGACAGCUACGCAAACCAGUCUUGGUAUGGCAGCCUUGAGCUGAACACCUGCAAUCCUUGCCGGACCAGCACCACUUCCACUUCAAAGCAGCGAUUGCCCUCCGUACACGGAGGAGGACAUCACACCCUCAUCGUUGAUAGAGAUGGAGCCGCCUGGCACUUCGGGCAAAACUCUCGGGGAGAGCGCGGUGAUGGAACUCACGCCAACAGUGGCCGCCAGUGGGCGCCGUUUAAGGUGAUGACCGAGGUGAGGACCGCGGAGGGUGCUGGCUGGUCCAGUUUCCUCGUGAAGGAAGACGGGACGGCAUGGGGCACCGGAUAUAACGAAAAGGGAACCCUCGGUGAUGGCUCAGGUACGGACAGAUACAUCCCCGUUCAGAUCAUGACUGACGUCGCAGCAAUUUCUUGUAUGCACACGCACACUGCCGUGUUGAAGACAGAUGGAACUGCAUGGAUGACAGGCUCAAACAGUAACGGGGAGCUCUGCGACGGCACAACCACAACGAGAUUAACGCCCUACCUUGCGAUGAGUGAUGUGAAGGAAGCUACAGUUGGCUUCACCCACACGAUGUUCCUCAAAACAGAUGGGACCGUGUGGGGCUGUGGCAAGAACGACAAGGGACAGCUGGGAGAUGGCACGACCACCACGAGGAAGUCUCCGGUGCAAGUCAUGACCGAUGUACACCACGUGGUGGCCGGGGACUCGCUGACCUGGUUCAUGAAGAAUGACGGAACUUGCUGGGUAGUCGGAUGGAAUGACAACGGACAGCACGGAGACGGCACAACCACCAGCAAGACUACACCAGUGCAAGUGAUGAGCAACGUGAAAGAUAUUGGACCAAAUCGUCGUUCUACCAUGUUCCUGAAGUUGGACGGAACGGUGUGGUCCGUCGGCUACAACGCCGAAGGCCAUCUUGGCGACGGGACGCGGACCAGCCGACUCACACCGGUCCAGAUCAUGAACAAUGUCACCAGCCUCUCUUCCGCCUGGUGGCACACCCUCUUUGUGAAGAACGACGGAAGCGUGUGGGUCACUGGCCAGGCAUACACCAACUCCCCCGAACCGUAUCCUCACAAGGACUUCAGCUGA